AUGGGGGACAUCGACCUCGUUUUGGAUUUUGCAGAAACCACGAAUCUGCGAAGGCUAGGCUCGGAGGUGAGCGGCUUGCCCUGGACUAUAAAUAUGGCACCAGCGACCGCAGGGAGGCACAGCUCGAGGGACCACGGACGGAAACAUGCGGUUCGUGGGACUGACAUCGCUGCUACUUCUGGCGGCGGCGGCGACGACUUCGGCUUCGCCCGGAUUUGCCAAAGAGGCGGAGGCGGCGGCGGGGGAUAUGGAGGCGGUGGUUUCGGCGGCGGUGGAUUUGGAGGCGGAGGAUACGGCGGUGGAGGCGGCGGAGGUGGCGGACCGCAUAUAUUAAUUAGCAAAGGCGGCGGCGGCGGCGGCGGUGGAGGCGGAGGAGGAGGCUACGGAGGUGGAGGCGGCCAUGGAGGUGGAGGCGGCGGGGGAGGAGGAGCAAGGCGCCUGUUCCUCAGCGGGGGAAGUAGCUCGGUUAUGGGAGAUGAAAAUACAUAA